AUGCACCAAACUGGUGGAUUAAGAAGUGAAGAAGCAAAUGCUGCAGCGUGGGAAGGUGGGAGGGGUGCUGUAGCUGGUAGUGCAAAGUGGGGCUUGUUUGCAGCUGCAUUGGGAGGUGCUGGAUAUGCCUUUUCUCCGAUAUACAGAGGUUUGACGAUUCAAUUCAAAGUAUUCAUCCAGAUGGGCUUUAUGGUCAUGGGAGGUUCUCUGGAAGCUGAUCGACGCAUAAGAGGAUAUGAAGCAAGAAUCCGAAUGGAGAGACGUAGUAUUAGGGACCAAGCUCUGUGGGAUCAAUCCGAAGAAGAGUAUGAGCAAUCCGUUUCAAAGCAGAAAAAAUCAUAG